CAUAGACUCAAGUUGAAGUGAAUCAUGAUGCUUUAUCUUCCUCUUCCAUCAUCCCUCGUAGGCUCUUGAAGCUGAUCGAAUCCCUACUCCACCAUGCGCAUCGCAAUCAUCGGAGCCGGCUUUUCGGGAAUAACGACGGCAAAAACAUUACGAGAUUUAGGACACGAAUGCAUUGUAUUGGAAAAAUGUUCAGACGUAGGAGGAGUUUGGUCUUCCAGUAGACGGUAUCCAGGUUUACAUACCCAAAAUACAAAAGAAACUUAUUGUCUUUCAGAUCUACCAAUGCCAAAACAUUACGGUCAAUGGCCAAAUGGAAAACAAGUUCAAGAAUAUUUGGAACAAUAUAUCGAGAAAAAUAAAAUGAAAGAUUUGAUUCACUUAAAUACAGAAGUGAUCAAUGUUAAACGUGCAAACCACAAAUCUCCUCUUACGGCAGGAGUACCUUGGAUCAUCACCGUUCAAGGCGAUCUCACUCCAAUAGAAGCGGAUCACUUGAUCGUAUGUACGGGUAUCUUUAGUGAUGGAGAUGUUCCUCGAUUUGAAGGACUGCACGAAUUUGAAGCACAAGGUGGAAAAGUAUGUCAUACGAGCGCAAUAGGUGCAAAUGAUAACAUGAAGGGUAAAGACGUGGUUGUUGUUGGAUAUGGUAAAUCAGCUUGUGACGUCGCAAAUGCAGCAGCAGAACAAGGCAUCGCAAAGGAAGUUACUUUGGUAGCCCGUCGUUUGAUCUGGAAAGUGCCAAGAAAGAUCAGAGGAUUAACGUAUAAAUGGCUUCUAUUGACAAGAAUGGGAGAGGCAUUGUUUGAAUACAUUCGACCAGGAAAUAUAGUAGAAAGCUUUUUCCAUAGAACUUGGAUCGGUUCCAAGAUAAGAAACGGUAUGAUGGAUUCGUUAGAAUGGGUGAUUUCUGGCCAGCUGGGACUGAAAAAGAUCGACUUGGUGCCCCGCUUAGCAUUCGAAACAGUCGCACAAAGUACAAUCAGUUUAUCGACCGAAGGACUUUACGAUAAAGUUCGACAAGGAAGGCUGACGAUCAAGAGGGACAAUUAUAUAGUCAAGCUUGCACCUUCUCCUUAUGAUCCAAAGCAAUGGGGUGCAUAUCUGUCAAGUGGGUCUUUCGUGCCUGCAGAUCUGAUUCUAUGCGGGACUGGAUUUCAUCAAAAGCCUCCUGCAUUUUUGCCUGACGAAAUCGCCGAACAAUUGCUAGACAAGAGAGGGUAUUGGUUCAUGUAUAGACAUAUAAAGCCAUUUGGUGUUCCAGAUUUGACUUUCAACGGUUUUGGCUCAUCACUCUUCUCUGCCACAAGUUCAGAAGCAAGUGCAUUAUGGAUUGGUGCUUAUUUAAGCCGUGGAGAAUCCAUGCUCCCCUCUGAAAAGGAACAAAAGCGAAUCACGCAAGAAAAGUUGGAAUGGUUAGAAGUUCGUUGUCAAGGUAAACAUUCAAACGGUACAAAUGUUGUUCCAUUUUCCAUGCAUACGAUUGAUGAAGUCUUGGAUGAAGCAAAGAUCAAUAUCGGUAAAUCAAGUAAAUUGUUACAGUGGGUCUUUCCGAUCAAUCCAACUUAUUAUAGCGGACUUUCUCACAAAUUAGCAAAUCAAUUAGCGAAAGAGAAUGGAAAUAAGAAGAACAUUUGAAUAGUUGUAUUGCAAUGCCCUAAACUGUAUUAUGACCAGCGCAACAAAUAAUAUUGGUAAUUUCAUUG